UUGUUAAUUUGUAAACUCCAAACACCAAACCUUCUCCUCAACUUUUACUUAACUUCCUUUCAGAUUAUUUAUCAAAAUGACUGAACUUAUAUUCGCCAAGUCUUUUAUUCAGACUCUUGAGUCGAGACCUUUCAAAAUCACUGCCGACCAUGUUGAAGAUCCAAAAAAUUAUCCCUCAAGAGGGGCAGUACGUUUUCCUUCCCCCUUCUUACUUUGCAUCACUUACACUUUCCUUUUUCUUUACCUAACCUCUCUACACACUAACGAGAACAAUAGACUAUCCUUCCAAAGAUGCGGAAACCCCCUGCGAAACGACAAAAGUUGGCUCCAGGACAAGAACGUAGCAUUUACGUAUCACUCAAAUCAUCACGAAAUCCUCCUUUAGAUGUGACACUCUCCGCCCUGUCACCAAAUACUUCGAUUCUUAAUUUGAAAGAAUCAUUAUCCGAGAAAGAAGGGAUUCCUGUGGAAAAGCUAAGAAUACUUUACAAUAAAAAGCCAGUCGGGGAUGCGAAAGUUUUGAAAGAUGUUAUUGGCGAAGAAGAAACCAAGGUCGAAUUCAGCAUCAUGGUAAUGGGUGGAGCUGCUUCUGUAAGGAAAGUUGAUACCCCCGAGAAGGGAGCUGAGGCACCUGUUGCACAAGGGCCUAGUGGAUUGGAAAGUCUUGCUGGGGAAGAGUUCUGGAGUGAUUUACAGGGCUUCCUGGUACAAAGAUUGAGGAACGAGGAGCAAGGAAACAAAGUGUUUGAGGUAUUCAAGAAAGCCUGGGAGGGUAGCAGUAAAUGAUGUGCAUAAAUUCAUUGGAGAACAUAGUAAGGAGUUCAGCUUUGUACAUUUGGAAAAGCACAGGCACAUUCGCCAAUUAAGAAACAGGUACUUUCGCAAAAGUCGCUUUUAAUGUCUUCAAAAAUCGUCACGCUGAAAUGAUCAAUCCGUCUUCAGAAUAAUAAAUUCACACCCAUGCAUAUCAUCGUAGGCAAUAAGCACCCAAUGAAACUGCGUUCCUUCCUGUCAUGUUCGUUCCCAAAACCAUAAGUUGUAUCUAUGC